UCUCUCUCUCUCUCUGGGCACACCAUUCUAAGCUUGCUCUUUGCUAUCAGCGCGAGCCUCUUCGAGUGGAAUUCAGGAUGCAGCCUGCUUCCAAGGCCAACCAACGCAUCGCGAGAAUCUCCGCUCACCUUCACCCACCUAAUUUCCAGAUGGAGGAGAGCUCGGGGUUAAGGCAUGCGAAUUGCCAGGCAAAGGGCACAGCGCCAGGAUUCAAAGUUGCAAUCCUGGGAGCGGCUGGAGGAAUUGGGCAGCCUCUGGCGAUGUUGAUGAAGAUCAACCUGCUCGUCUCUGUUCUUCAUCUGUAUGAUGUUGUGAAUACUCCUGGCGUCACCGCUGAUAUCAGCCACAUGGACACGGUCCGCGGAUUUCGGGAGGAAGCCCUUGUUGUAAUGGACCUUGUCAUCAUCCCUGCUGGAGUUCCUAGGAAACCGGGAAUGACAAGAGAUGAUCUGUUCAACAUAAAUGCUGGAAUCGUCAGAACCCUUUGUGAGGGAAUUGUCAAAUCUUGCCCCAAAGCUAUUGUUAACCUGAUUAGCAACCCUGUUAAUUCCACUGUUCCCAUUGCAGCCGAAGUUUUCAAGAGAGCAGGCACUUAUGAUCCAAAGAGAAUGUUGGGUGUGACCACGCUCAAUGUAGUUAGAGCAAAUACCUUUGUGGCAGAAGUACUAGGUCUUGAUCCUAGAGAAGUCGAUGUUCCAGUUGUUGGGGGUCAUGCAGGAGUGACGAUUUUACUUCUUUUAUCUCAGGUUAAACCACCUUGUUCUUUCACUCCUCAAGAAAUUGAGUACCUGAUAUCACGCAUCCAAAAUGGCGGGACAGAAGUUGUUGAGUGAAAUUAUGACACGACAUAUUAGGCUUCGCUUCUCUGCUUCCUCACAUUUUUUUCGUGAAGCCAACUGAAUUGUGUAUGCCUGUGCCUUGACAACUUUCAGGCUAAAGCUGGAGCUGGCUCGGCAACUCUCUCGAUGGUCAUUCCUUGUUUUGGCCUUUGAAAUGUAGUCUGAUCUCUUUCAUGAACAGGAAAUUUGAUGAAUAUUGGAUAUGCAGACUCUUUUCACAUGCUCAUAUAAUGUGAAAAUGAAAUAUGCAGGCACAUGCUGCUGUGAAGUUUGCCGAUGCGUGCCUGCGUGUGUUGAGGGGUGACAUGUUGGUACUAUCGAGUGUGCAUUUGUUGCUUCUCAGGUGACUGAGCUUCCAUUCUUUGCAUCCAAAGUGCACCUUGGUCGUACUGGGGCUGAGGAGGUUCUGCCUCUUGGCCCUUUGAAUGAGUACGAAGGGUCUGGAAUUUCAAUAAUCCUGAGAUUUUUAGGUCUGCUCUGAUUACACAUCCAGGGAAGAUGGAGUGUUCUAAUUUUGGUCUUGUUUGUUAACCUGGCUUGGAAAAGGCAAAGAAAGAGUUAGCAGAGAGUAUUCAGAAGGGCGUUUCAUUUAUUAGGAAGUGAGCGGGUUAAAGAUGUUUCUUUUUGGAAUGAAAGAGAUGGCUUCUUCAUACUCUCCAGUUAUUUUCUACUUGGUUGUGGGAAGAUAUCGGAAUUCAUUCUGCAUAGCUGACGUAGGAAAAACACAGGUUUUUUUCUUCUUGAAUGUAACGUACUUGAAUGG